GGAUGUGGACAAGCUCGUCCUGGAGCAAGCCAUCCUGCAUAUGGCAGACAUCUCGCACCCGCUACGGCCAAACGCUCUCCAUCGAGAGUGGACCAACCGGGUAACCGAGGAGUUCUUCGCGCUGGGCGACAUGGAGAAGUCGGCGGGCUUCGAGCCGAUCGCGCUCUACGACCGGGAGAGGGCGCCUUCCACCGCGAAAGGCCAAUUGGGAUUCCUGAAUUUCGUGGUCACGCCCAUGUGGAAGGCCAUGUCGCCUGUCUUCGACGUCUCCUGCGUGGAGCCCGAAGCGUGCCUGCUCGCCAACGUGUCAGCUUGGGAAGCGGAGGCCUUGGAGGAGGACGAGGUGGAGGCCCAAAGGACUGCUUCUCCAGGUGCCACCCGGAAGGCCACUCGCUGGACCACGCCGGGCAGGUCCCGGCUCGCGAGAGCGGCCGCUGAAAGGCUGACGCGCGCUCGCACCAAAGUCUUGCGGGAGUGAGUGUGCCCGGAGCGCACCGUGCUGUCAGAACUGGACGGGCACCAGUUUGGGGAGGAUUGGGGAGGCAUCCGGCUCUCUUUAGGUGAAUGUGUGAAGUGUUUCUGGACCCUGGUAACUCAGGGGCCUCGGGCCAGACGCUGGGGUGAGUUGGUCCGACGCCACCGCCCUAGAACUGGCAGACCCGCCUGGUUGAUUCAAGCUCCGACGUGAGCGCGAGAAGUACGCUGCGUUCAAUUGUGGUUCCCCUGCUUCCUUGGCUGGACCUCAUGUGCAUGUGGAAGGAACGUUGCCUCCAGGUCCUCUUCAUAGAGGGUUCUGUGAUAGAGGUUUUGCUGGCGCGUGACAGCGUGAAAAGGCGA